AUGGGCAUCACGGCUAGUUCUACUGGACGUGACUGUUUACUGUCUGCCGUUGGGGGUAACCCAGCUCUCGUUACUUUCCAUGGGGGUCUUCUCCAAGGGGGUCUCCUAUAUCAACCACUCGCAGUGCAACCAUAUAACCUCAACUGGCCUGUCACCCCCAUUGCAGUCACCUUCCCCAAGACAUCCCAGCAGGUGGCGGAGAUCGUCAAAUGUGCCGCCGACAAUGGCUAUAAAGUUCAGCCAAAAAGUGGUGGGCAUAGUUAUGGUAAUUAUGGGCUAGGAGGAACGGACGGUGCCGUCGUAGUUGAUUUGAAACAUUUUCAGCAGUUCUCAAUGGAUGAAACCACCUACCAUGCCACCAUCGGAGCAGGAACCUUACUGGGAGAUGUCACCAGUCGUCUAUACAAGGCAGGGGGGAGAGCUAUGGCCCAUGGAGUCUGCCCUCACGUGGGUGUCGGAGGUCAUUUCACGAUCGGGGGCCUUGGUCCGACGUCUCGACAAUGGGGAAGCGCACUGGAUCAUGUCGAGGAAGUGGAGGUCGUUCUAGCAAAUUCCAGUAUUGUUAGGGCUUCAAAUACGGAAAAUCCAGACGUUUUCUUUGCAGUUAAAGGCGCCGCCGCCAGUUUCGGGAUCGUCACUGAAUUCAAAGUACGAACUGAGCCGGCACCGAGCGAGGCGGUGCAAUAUUCCUACACUUUGAACCUAGGAAGCGCACAUGAAAGGGCCAGGCUUUUUAAGGACUGGCAGGCUUUUAUAUCCAACCCAAAUCUCACUCGGAAGUUCGGUACUGUACUCACCAUCCUUGACCAUGGUAUCUUGCUCUCAGGGACAUUCUAUGGAUCCAAAGACGAGUAUGAUGCGCUGGAUCUAGAGAAUCGUUUCCCACUCACUGGUCCUGGAGAGGUGAUUGUGUUAACCGACUGGCUUGGGAUGACGGGCCAUGCCAUCGAAGAUCUUGUUGUGGGCAUAGCUGGUGACGUCCCUUGCUCCUUUUAUGCUAAAUCCAUGUCCUUCACCCCCGACUCUCUCAUCCCAUCUUCGGCCAUAGAUGAUCUUUUCAACUACCUCGAUACCGUUGAUAAAGGAACGCCAACUUGGUUUAUUUCUUUUGACCUGGAAGGGGGCGCAACCAACGACUACGCUGUGAAUGCUACAGCGUACUCCCAUCGAAAUGCGCUUUACUGGCUGCAAUCGUACGCCAUCAGCCCUCUGGGCCCAGUUUCUGACACGACAAUUGAGUUCCUGAAUGGAAUAAACCGGCUCAUCGCCAAAUCCAUGCCUCAGGCCGAUUUGAGCGCAUAUCCGGGAUACGUAGACCCGUUGAUGCGGAACGCCCAGAGCGCAUACUGGGGACCCAACCUCCCACGACUCCAGGGAAUCAAAGCUUCUAUUGAUCCUAAAGAUGUGUUUCACAACCCCCAAAGUGUCAAUGUUGCAAAAGAUUAA